CUGGUACUGGAAAUUCCACAGCAAAAAGGAAGAUAUUUUUAUCAGACAUAGAGACGCAUUGAGUCAUCGACAACGAUUUUUACCGCGUUCGUAAAUCUCCCUUUGUGUAAAUUUCAAGUUAGAAUUGAGUUAAUGCUAGUUAAUUCCUUUCACGGUUUGCAUUAGCUAACGUUAGCUCAUGCUCGCUUACAGGCUGUUAGCUCGAGGACUCGCGGGCCUUCAUAAGCACUGAAGGGACUAGACAUUUACGCAAGUGGCAGGUUUGGAAUGGAAAUCGAGCCUAGUUUCGGAACUAGCUAUCAAGCGAGGUUUCCCUUAUGUGCUUCUCCUUGGGGGACAGUUGGUUUGAUUUGUUUAUAACUACUUCACAUAAGGAGAGUCUGAACUAGCCAGCGUAAAUAAGAAGUCAGCUGGUAGACUUUUACGCCAGAAACUCACGUCAGUUGUUUACAGUAAUGGCCCACGACUGAGUAGAGCCAUAACGUUAUAUCAGAAUAGUUGAAGUUGCUCAGUUUCCUUAAACCUAUGAAAUAGCAUAAUGAAACUCUUGGAAAACUCCAGUUUUGAGGCCAUAAAUACCCAGCUUACCAUUGAGACAGGAGACUGUCAGAUAAUAGGGCGGAUUGAGAGCUACUCCUGUAAAAUGGCAGGUGAGGAUAAGCAGAUGUUCAAGCAGUUCUGCCAGGAGGGGCUGCCGCAUGUUCUGGAAGCUUUAUCCCCUCCCCAGACUUCUGGAGUCAGCCCCAACAAGUUGAGCCACAGUCAGAGUGGUGAUGAAGGGGAGGGUCCUCUCUCGGAUAAGUGCAGCCGAAAGACACUGUUUUAUUUGAUUGCCACUCUCAAUGAAUCCUUUCGACCAGACUAUGAUUUCAGUCGUGCUAAAAGCCAUGAUUUUAGCAGGGAGCCCAGCCUUAAUUGGGUGUUUAAUGCAGUAAACAGCAGCCUGUCUGCUGCCGCAGGAGAGGAAUACAGUCGCCUUCAGCCCCAGCUGUGGGAGGCCAUAGACACGGAGAUCAGCCUGGCUGAAUGUGACAUUUACAGCUAUAAUCCAGAUUUGGAUUCAGACCCCUAUGGGGAGGAGGGCAACCUCUGGUCCUUCAAUUACUUCUUUUACAACAAGAAACUGAAGAGAAUAGUGUUUUUCACGUGUCGUUCAGUCAGUCUUUUCAUGGCACCCCGGGAUUCUGGAAUUGGCAAUGAACUUGAUCUGGAGCUUGAUGAAGCCAACUAUGAGGAGGAGAAUAUGGAUGAGGAAAGGUGUGGUGCACUGUUUACCCAGUGAAGCUGUCAUGGUCCUAACUUUUAGAGGAUAGGAGACUUGGACUGUGCUUGGGGAAAAACAAGGGAGCAUCUUGUCACACCCAGCAUCCACAAAGCUCCACAAAUUGUCAGUCUCCAUUUUUUGUUUUUGUUUUUUUGUUGUUGUUUUUUUUGUGGGAGCAGUUGUGUUCUCAAGGAGAAUAUCUGAACAUCUGUGAAACUGAGUUUCUGGAGAUGCAGUAUCCAGUACCCAGCUGUGCAGCUCACUUGAUUCCAUUUUUUGCUAACACAAUUUGACUGUGUGUGUGUGUGUGUGUUCAUGUUUCAGUCAGGACAAAAACAUGCUUUUUGAACAUAUGUAAAAUAAUUCCUUUCAAAAUAUGUGCACUGGUUAAACAUGCUAUGUUACUGUUUUUGUUUCUUUUCAAUCUCAAAGAGUUUAGCAUGUUGUGGUCAGAGCUAGAGCUAUGACAGAUGUCCAGUAGGGGGAACCAUCCGCCAAUGCAGUACCCGUCACUUGUUAAUAAGGUCAACUGCACCUCUGUUUCAGGAUCCACAUUGAGUAUUAUUCUUGUUAUUCAACCCGCUAGUACUGAUCUUAAAGCAUUUCAGAAUUAGAUAAAGUCAUUUGGUAGAUUUCUUCAGAACUUGUGAUUAUUAGUAAUUGCACAAAAAAGAUUUAUUUUAUAAAAACUUUGAGGGUCUUGCUUCAAUAUUAUUUUUAUUGAUCUAUGGCUUCUGCUGUAGGCUUGAAUAUGCUUCAACUUCAACUUCAUAAGGAAGCAUAUGCAGAAUGAACCAAAGCUGUAUAUGCCCAAGAUGUCUAUAACAUUAGCAACUGACAUGGCAAUUUUCACUCAAAAUUAAAUUUAUGGACAUGCAAGCUUUAUGAUAUCUGAAUCCUCUAAUGUGAUUUAUUGUAUGUCAGUACGUUCAGCUGUUCAGUAUGAAUGUAUUAAUACUUCACUCUCAGACCUAAAGGGAUUUAGUUAUUAAUAUUCAGAUGUUUCAGGUCCCUGAUCAGGCAAGCAACUUACAGACUUUUCAUUUCUUGUAUGCAAAUUUCUGUGUGGACUUCUUUAUAUGUUCAGUUAAGUGGUAGCAUUACCAGUUAGGCUUGUUUGUUGCAAGAUUGACAAAUCUUUUCUUUUUUGUAUUUUCUGCCUGUGUUUAUGCAAAAGGAUAACAUAUGUAUGUUACAUAAACUGGUUUGAAACCUAGUUUUGUUUGAAAAGGAUCACUUGUAAUACCAUGGAAGGACUUGUAAUGAAUGCUGUCCAUUCAUUACAAGUGUUACAUCUUGUGCUCCUGAGCUGAUGUAUCCAGGUUUGAAGUUGUGUUUAAUUUAUAUGGUGAAUAUGUGAUGCAUAUUACUCUUUGCCAUAAAGUCCACAAUACUCAACAGAGUGAGUAGUGUCAAGGGGCCAAGCAUUAUAUUUCAACAUAGCUCUGGAGAGACUGAGUUGCACCUUGGCUCCAGAAUAUAGCACUGUAUUUAAAGUACAUUUUUGGAUUUUUUGGAGCAUUUUUGUUCUUUUGUCCUGAUUUAUGUUGUUGUUUGUUGUUUGUGAGAGUCCAU